AUGAACACACCACCGAAGGAAGACAUGAAACCCUUGGUCAACACCGCAUCAGUUGACCCCUUGAAAAUUUAUGAGAAGGCCCUCGGUUCACAUGGCAUCUCGACUCUUAAUACGGUCAACAAUCUCGGGAGUCUCUACUCUAAUCAAGGGAAGCUGAGGGAGGCAGAGCAGCUGUACCAGCGAGCACUGGCGGGUUAUGAACAGUCCAUCGGUCCAGAUCACACCUCGACUCUUAAUACGGUCACCAACCUUGGUCUUCUCUACAAAAGUCAGGGGAAGCUGAAGGAGGCAGAGGAGCUGUACCAGCGAGCGCUGGCAGGUUAUGAGAAGGCCCUCGGUCCAGAUCACACCUCGACUCUUCAUACGGUCAACAACCUUGGGAAUCUCUACUAUGAUCAAGGGAUGCUGAGCGAGGCAGAGGAGAUAUACCAGCGAGCACUGGCGGGUUAUGAACAGUCCCUCGGUCCACAUCACACCUCGACUCUUAAUACGGUCAACAAUCUUGGGAAUCUCUACAAAAAUCAGGGGAAGCUGAAGGAGGCAGAGGAGAUGUACCAGCGAGCAUUGGCAGGCAAGGAGAAGGCCCUCGGUCAACAUCACACGUCCACUCUCGGUAUUGUCAACAACCUUGGUCUUCUCUACUAUGAUCAAGGGAUGCUGAACGAGGCAGAGGAGAUGUACCAGCGAGCACUGGCAGGUUAUGAACAGUCCCUCGGUCCAGAUCACACGUCGACUCUUAAUACGGUCAACAAUCUUGGGAAUCUCUACAAAAAUCAGGGGAAGCUGAAGGAGGCAGAGGAGAUGUACCAGCGAGCAUUGGCAGGCAAGGAGAAGGCCCUCGGUCAACAUCACACGUCCACUCUCGGUAUUGUCAACAACCUUGGUCUUCUCUACUAUGAUCAAGGGAUGCUGAACGAGGCAGAGGAGAUGUACCAGCGAGCACUGGCAGGUUAUGAACAGUCCCUCGGUCCAGAUCACACGUCGACUCUUAAUACGGUCAACAACCUUGGUCUUCUCUAUAAAAGUCAGGGGAAGCUGAAGGAGGCAGAGGAGAUGUAUCAGCGAGCAUUGGCAGGCAAGGAGAAGGCCCUCGGUCAACAUCACACGUCGACUCUCGGUAUAGUCAACAACCUUGGGAUUCUCUACUAUGAUCAAGGGAAGCUGAGGGAGGCAGAGGAGAUGUACCAGCGAGCAUUGGCAGGCAAGGAGAAGGCCCUCGGUCUACAUCACACGUCGACUCUCGGUAUAGUCAACAACCUUGGGAUUCUCUACUAUGAUCAAGGGAAACUGAGGGAGGCAGAGGAGCUGUUCCAGCAAGCACUGGCAGGUUAUGAGCAGUCCCUCGGUCCAGAUCAAACGUCGACUCUUAAUACGGUCAACAACCUUGGUCUUCUCUAUAAAAGUCAGGGGAAGCUGAAGGAGGCAGAGGAGAUGUAUCAGCGAGCACUGGCAGGCAAGGAGAAGGCCCUCGGUCAACAUCACACCUCAACUCUUAAUACGGUCAACAACCUUGGUCUUCUCUACUAUGAUCAAGGGAUGCUGAAGGAGGCAGAGGAGAUGUACCAGCGAGCGCUGGCAGGUUAUGAGAAGGCCCUCGGUCCACACCACACGUCGACUCUUAACCAGCGAGCACUGGCAGGCAAGGAGAAGGCCCUAGGUCCGGAUCAUACGUCUACUCUCGAUAUGGUCAACAACCUCGGGAAUCUCUACUUUAAUCAGGGCAAGCUGAAGGAGGCAGAAGACAUGUACCAGCGAGCACUGGCAGGCUAUGAGCAGACUCUGGGUUCAAAUCACGAUCGUACUCGCCGAGUUACACAGAGGUUGAACGCAUUAAGCAUUGCAGACGGACAAUAG